GUGGCCCAGGUCUGGCAUUCAGGGGAGCCAGCUCCCCGGCUUCUGUCCCACAGAAUUGAUUCCACAUCAAGGUCUCUGUGCACCUGGCUUUCCUUUUCCCUGGUUGUGCGUUUCCCAGGAUCGCUGUAACUUCAGGCACACAAUGGAAGCCCUGCAACUGGCAAAUUCAGCUUUUGCAGUUGACCUGUUCAAACACCUGUGUGAAAAGGAGCCAGUGGGCAAUGUCCUCUUCUCUCCAAUCUGUCUCUCCACCUCUCUGUCACUUGCUCAAGUGGGUGCCAAAGGUGACACAGCAAAGGAAAUUGGACAGGUCCUUCAUUUUGAAAAUGUCAAAGAUGUGCCCUUUGGAUUUCAAACAGUAACAUCGGAUGUCAACAAACUUAGUUCCUUUUACUCCCUGAAACUAAUCAAACGGCUCUACGUAGACAAAGCUCUGGAUCUUUCUAUGGAGUUCAUCAGCUCUACGAAGAGACCCUAUGCAAAGGAAAUGGAGACUGUUGAUUUCAAAGAUAAAUUGGAAGAAACAAAAGGUCAGAUCAACAACUCAAUUAAGGAACUCACAGACGGCCACUUUGAGAACAUUUUAGCUGACAACAGUGUCAGUGACCAGACCAAAAUCCUUGUGGUUAAUGCCGCCUACUUCGUUGGAAAAUGGAUGAAGAAAUUUCCUGAAUCAGAAACCAAAGAAUGCCCUUUCAGGGUCAACAAGACAGACACCAAGCCAGUGCAAAUGAUGAAUAUGGAGGCCACGUUCUGUAUGGGCAACAUCGACAGUAUCAAUUGUAAGAUUAUAGAGCUUCCUUUUCAAAAUAAGCACCUCAGUAUGCUCAUCCUGCUACCCAAGGAUGUAGAGGAUGGAUCCACUGGCCUGGAGCAGGUGGAAAAACAACUCAGCUCGGAGACGCUCUUGCAGUGGACCAAUCCCAGCACCAUGGCCAAUGCCAAAGUCAAACUCUCCAUUCCAAAAUUUAAGGUGGAAAAGAGUAUUGAUCCCAGGGCUAGCCUGGAAAACCUAGGGCUGAAAAACAUCUUUAAUGAGGAUACAUCUGAUUUCUCUGGGAUGUCAGAGACCAAGGGAGUGGCCCUCUCAAAUGUUAUUCACAAAGUGUGCUUAGAAAUAACUGAAGAUGGUGGGGAUUCCAUAGAGGUACCAGGAUCACGAAUCUUGCAACACAAGGAUGAAUUCAAUGCUGACCACCCUUUUAUUUACAUCAUCAGACACAACAAAACUCGAAACAUCAUUUUCUUUGGCAAGUUCUGUUCUCCUUAGGUGCUAGAGCCCAGGUUAAGUCCUAUCUGACUUUCCUGUAAAUUCUGCAUCCAGAGAGUCACUUUCUAAGUAAAUGGUUAAUAUUACUCAAUCAGGAAGCAGUUGGUACUCACCAUGAUAGGUCUUUUUUUCCAAUUCUUUUUUUGGUUCCUUCCUUCCCACCCCCAUCAGAGACAAUAUUUUUUUUAACAAAAAGGAAUCACCUUAGAGGAAAAUAUGUAUUUGUAACUUGUCAAACCUAGGGUUUUGGGCAGGAAUACAGUCUUCCACAAAGUAAAUUCCUAUAAGGGCGACCUGGAGGAUUUUAUUCCCAAAGUUUUGCCUUCCUUCACUGGGAUACAGAAUAUUCCAGACUUCCCUGAAAGACUAAAGAAACUGUAGUGCGCAGGCUCCACAAAACUCUCGUGGUGCCAAUGAAACUUGGGCACAUGUUCAGGCUACUGUAGGUCCACAGCUCCUAUGCUAAACCCUGUGGGCAAAUAUUUUCUUCAAACUCUGAUUUUUGGGGGUUUUAGAAAGAUAACGUUUUGUACCUAUUAUAUGUUAUGGAACCCCAGUGAUAGAGGCUGCAACUGCACCCUGUAAGGCAACACAUUAGUAUUUCUACCACAAAAUACAGAAUAUUUACACAAAAUAGAUAAACGAAGACUCUAAGUAGCCUGCAAGUGUCAGGUUUUGCUAUCAAAUGAGUUUGCCGCUUGCUUAUGAAAAAACUUUGGUGUCAGAACUUGCUGAAAAUUUGAGUGUUGGACCUCCAGUAGCUGAAAGGCAGCAUCUCAAGGGGAAGUUCCAAUCUUAUUAAAAACUCAUUUUUGGAGAUCCUUCUGUGGCACAACGAGAUCGACAGUGUCUCUCUAGCAGCAGGGACACGCGUUCGAUCCCCAGCCUGGGAACUCUAUGCCAUGGGAUGGCCAAAAAAAAAAAAAAAAAAAAUUCACUUUCACUUCCGAUAAAAUGCAUACCUGAUCAUUUGGUUGACAAGAGACAACUGGCAGGGAAUUCUAACUGACUCACAAGCUUUUGGAGUCUGAACACACAGAGACUUGCACAGUAGCUGAUACAAGAAUUUUACGAGGGUUCAAGGGAUUUGUCUCUUUGUCAACUAUGAUAGUAGGAAAGGGGGAAAGAACUUAUUGCUGUUAGAAAAUAAAACUAAAGCUACUGAAGUGCUCAUGCUGCCUUGACACAUGUUUUUUCAAAGUCUGUGUGUUUAGUUACUGUAGCUAGCUAGUUGGUAACCUACGAAAAGAGCAGUUUUUAAAGAUGUUUCUGAGAAGUUAUCUAUGCCACAAGUGCACGUAUUAAUUCCUGACAGAAAAAAGACAGCACUGAAGGUCUGGGUUUGGUGACAGGCCCUCUUUCUUCUCUCCUUUGGUUUCCUUGUAAAUAGGUUGAACUUCUUGCUCCGAAGCUUCAAUAUUGAAUUUCUUGUAUGCUGCCGACAAUAAAAUAUUAUUGAUUACAUGA